AUGACAGCAGCCGUGCAAACGAUCAUCGAGCAGCUGGGCAGAAUCGACGUCGUGGUUGCCAACGCCGGAAUCACCCCUCCCCCGGCAACAUUGCGCCAGAUCGAUCCCGACGCCUUCGAUCGUGCUCGAUCAUUCACCGGCGUCUUCAACACCGUGCAUCCGACCAUCGACGAGGUGAUCCGCAACAGUGGGCACAUCGUCGUCGUGUCAUCGGCGGCGUCUAAGGCUGGGGUCGAAGCGCUCGGCCGGGCGCUGCGUUCCGCGGUUGCCGGCUACGGCGCCACUGCCGGCAUCGCGUACUUCGGGAUGGUGGAUACACAACUUGCACGCGCCACACUCGACGACGACGAGAUCGGGCGCAAACUCGACGCUCGACUUACCCGGUCCCUCGGUCAUCGAAUCUCCCGGACCGUGCCGCCACGG